AUGGGUGUUUGCACAGAUGGUGCACCGACAAUGCUUGGGUCUCGCUCAGGUUUCGUACAAUUGGUGAGAGAAAAAAAUCCUAAUGUUAUUGCUAUUCACUGUUUCAUACACCGUCAAGCCCUGGCGGCCAAGACACUUUCAAAUGAAUUCAACGCUAUUUUAGCAUUAUGCAUAAAAAUUGUCAAUUAUGUUAAAAAGAGCGCUUUGAAUACUAGACUUUUUACGGCUCUUUGUGAAGAUUUGGGUACAGAACAUAAGACUCUGUUAUUUCAUACUGAGGUGCGCUGGCUCUCAAAAGGAAAUAUGCUGACUAGGUUAUAUGAGCUUCGAGAUGAAGUUAUUCAGUUCUUGGAUAAUCAAAAACAAAGUGAAUUAUUUGUAGAAUUCAGAAAGCCAAAAGUUCAAGUGGUAUUUGCUUAUUUAACGGAUAUGUUCGAUUCAUUAAACUCAUUAAACUUAAAACUGCAAGGAGGAGAUUCAAAUAUAAUUAAUCACCGAGAUGCUAUCACAGCGUUUACUGAGAAGUUGCUAUUGUGGAAACGUAAGAUUUUAGCAGACAAUUAUUCGUGCUUUCCUAAAUUAUAUGCAAUCACAGAGGACAAAUGUUUUAUGGAGUUUUUUUGCGAAACCGACACUAAGACCGAAAUAUCCAACCACUUGCAGCACCUCAGUGAUGAAUUCAAGCGCUACUUCCCAAACUUGUGUGAUGACAAUAUUUAUCGAUUGGCGACGGAUCCUUUUCACGUUGACAUAGACGUGCUGCCAGAGCUACUUCAAGAACAAGCUUUAGAAAUAAAAAAUGAUUCAGCUGCCAAAUAUGAUUUUGAGAAGAUGGAUAAGCCAUUAUUUUGGGUAAAAUAUCUCAAAGUUUAUCCCAAUAUAGCAGAAGAAUCACUGAAACUGUUUUUACCAUUUUCGAGUACUUAUUUAUGUGAAAAGGCAUUUUCAACAGUAGUGGUCAUAAAAACCAAAUACAGAAACAAACUCGAUAUCACUAGUGAUCUACGUUGUGCUCUUUCUUCUAUUCAACCCAGAAUUGAAAACAUUGUUAAAAAUAUGCAAGCCCAUCCAUCUCACUGA